AUGGCAAAUAAGGAAGCAUCUUCGUCAAAUCCUACUGCUACAUGGAAUGGCCACAAUAUAUCUAUAUUUUGUGGUCUAUGCAUCAAGGAGGUUGAGGCCGGACAUCGUCCGGGCACUCACUUUGACAAAGAAGGAUAUGCAAAUAUUAGAGCUAACUUCAAGGCAGAGACAGGACAUGAUUAUGAAAGAAAACAACUGAAAAAUAAGUGGGAUACACUUAAAAAUGAGUGGAAGUUGUGGAAAGAGCUAGUUGGUAAAGAAACUGGCCUAGGGUGGAAUUCGAACAAGGGUACCGUUGAUGCCUCUGAGGAGUGGUGGAAUAAUAAAAUUCAGGAUGUUCUUGAACACAGUUCUACGGGUGAACAUGCCUGGGCACCUUCAUCUGGAGUACUACCACCAGAGACAAGAGAGGAAUUCAUAGGACAGAUUGAUUUAGAUGAUGAGGAAGAAAGUGAGACUAUGCAGGAUCUAAGGCAAGCUACUAGGAAGGGAAAAAAAAGAGCGGCUAACCAAGAAGAAUUGCAAAAGAAGGUUGAUAAGAAAGGAAAAAAAAUUGGAGGCGCUGCAAAACUUUGUGGUCAAAUUGACCGUCUUGUUGAAGUUUAUGAAAGUAGGAGUUCUGCAAACUCAUUGAUGAGGCCGCUAAAUUUAGGCAGUAGUAUUGCAGAAGUGAUAGCGUCUGUUGCAAAAUUGUCUGGUUAUGAGCCACCUAACGAGCUAUGGUUGUUUGCUACAUGUUUAUUUUGUAGUGCAGAGAAGCAAGAGAUGUUUGCCACUAUGAAAGAUCCUGAAGUGCAGCUAACUUGGUGUAUAUUCAAUAUGAACACCUAUGAUGAUGAUGAUGUUGAGGAUUUGGAGGAUGGUCUAAUUAUAUGUGCUGUAGCGAAAGCUGAUUGUAUUGGUGCUAUAGAUGGAGUACAUGUUGAGGCUUUAAUACCACAUCCGGAUCAAGUUCCAUACAUUGGUAGGAAAGGAAUAUCGAUUCAAAAUGUUAUGGUUGCAUGUAAUUUUGACAUGCACUUCACAUUUGCUUGUGCCGGAUGGGAAUACACUGCACAUGAUACAAGGGUUUUUCUAUCCGUGCUACGGAAUCCAAAUUUAAACUUUUCUAAGCCUCCAAAUGGAAAAUAUUACUUGGUGGAUGCGGGGUACCCACAAAUGAGAGGUCAUUUGAGACCAUAUAAAGGUGAAAGAUAUCAUCUUCCAGACUUUCGUAGGGGUGCUGAACAACGGGUCAUAAAGAGGGAUAUGCCUAAUUACCCGUUCAAUAAGCAAGUGAAGAUUGUCAUUGCUACAAUGGCUCUUCAUAACUACAUACGGAAGUAUUCUGAACGUGAUCGUCAUUUUGAUGACCCUAGGGACUAUUGUGAAGAGAGCGAUAGUAGUGAUGAUGAUGAUGAAGAAUACCAAAAUUAUGAAAUUGAAGGAUCGCAUGAGAUAGAAGCAUUAAGAAAUAGAAUAGCGGCAAGUUUGAUGAAUGCAUCUAAUUAG